AUGUAUAGUGAGGACUCGCCCUACGACUUGGUGCGGUCGACUGUAGCACCGACAGAUUCUGAUGUCCCCUCGCUUACGUUUCGAUCCGUCAUGCUCGGGUUGCUUUUUGCAAGUGUUGUCGGAUUUGUCAACCAGCUUAUGAUAUUCCGGAGCACACCGGUCCAAAUCACUGGCUAUGUUGUGCAGAUUCUAUCGUUCCCACUCGGCUACCUUAUGUCACGGAUUCUACCUACUCGGAACUUCAGCACCUUUGGCUACACGUGGUCAUUCAAUCCUGGCCGAUUCAGCAUCAAGGAGCAUGCUCUCAUUACGAUAUUCGCUUCAUCUGUUGCCAGUGGCAGCUACAUAAUGGAUGUUGUAAUCAUGGAGAAUCUGCGCUAUGGAGUGAGGCUGGACUAUGGGCCGUCCAUCCUUCUCAAUCUUUCGUCGCAGUUGCUCGGGUACGGAUUCGUCGGCGUUGUGCGUGAGAUCCUCAUCUACCCGGCGGCCAUGGUAUUCCCCGCAUCCCUGGUCAGCGUGACGCUUUUCCGCACAUUCCACGAGUCCAAAUCAUACCUCAACCAUGUUUCGCGUGUCAGGUUCUUCUGGGUCGCAUUCACAGGUAUGUUCGUGUACGCGUUCUUACCAGGAAUUGUCAUGCCUCUGCUUAGUGCAGUGCCAAUACUGUGUCUGGCAGCCCCAAACAACGUCAUUGCGCAUCAACUUGGAGACACAUACCAUGGGCUCGGAAUGGCGAACCUCACAUUUGACUGGUCGAUGAUAUCAAGCGGGUAUUUCGGUCCUCCGGUCGCCGUCCCAUGGUACAUUGCCUGCAACAUGUUUGCUGGGUUUGUCAUCAUGUUCUGGGUACUGCUCCCCGCAACAUACUACAGUGACCUUUGGGACUCAGGCAAUCUCCCAGUAUACUCGAACCGCCUGUUCCACUCCAAUGGCUCCAAGUACGACAUGUCGAUGGUAGUUCGCGACGAUGGCAAGCUUGACCAGCAGAAAUACGAUGCGUUUGGACCACUCCAUUUGCCCAUUGCUGAGCCACUCCAGUACUCCAGGGCUUUAAUUGCCAUCUCGGCAUUUCUGGUUUACACGAUUCUUCACCACGGAAAGGACAUCUACCACAGCAUUUUUUAUGAAAAUGAUGACAGUGAGCUUGGUGACGACGAUAUCCAUGCUCGGCUGAUGCGCAAGUAUCCAGAGGUCCCUCACUGGUGGUAUGCGGCUAUAUUCGCCUCUAUGCUCGCCAUGAGUAUUGCUGUCUGUGAAACCUACCACCUGCUUCCGUGGUAUUGGACUAUUAUUGGGUCAACAAUCUCGUUCAUCUACGUCAUUCCGAAUGGGAUCCUGCUCGCCCUCACAAACCAGACACUGAAGCUGAGUAUCAUCUCGUACUUUAUCGCCGGAUAUGGAAUGCCUGGGAACCAGCUCGCUAGCGUCUUGUUCAAGGCGUUCACCAAUGUGCCGAUGCGACAAGCGAUCAUACUGGUUGCAAACUUCAAAAUGGGCCACUACCUGAAGAUCCCACCACGCCAUGUCUUCCUCUCACAGGUAAUCAGCACGGUUCUUAUGUCGUUUGUGCAGUGCGGUAUCGGAAUCUGGAUGAUGCAGACAGUCGACGGUUUCUGUUCAACCAGUCUGACAUGGUCCUGCAUCCCAAUCAACUCGCUCUACGCGUCGUCGGUGAUCUGGGGUCUGGUUGGUCCUCACCGCCUCUUCAAUAGUGGAAGCAACUACUCGUAUAUCCCGUACAUGUUCAUUGUCGGCAUCUGUGUGCCAUUUCCGGUGUGGUACUUGCAAAGACGAUAUCCAAACAGCUUCUGGCACAACAUCCAUCUGCCUGUGGCGCUGUCCUCCUUGGCUAUCUUACCUGGUGCUCCUUCUACAGUGGUGGUUAACUGGUUUUUCGGCUGCUUUAUAUUCCAGUACGUGGUGCACCGGUACUGGUACGGGUACUACAGGAGAUAUGCGUUCACUCUGGUGGCAGCUUUCGACUCGAGUGUCGCAAUCGCUGCUGUGCUGAUUUUCUUUAUAUUCACCUAUUCAGACGUCAGGAUGCCAUCCUACUGGGGCACAAGCACUAAGCUGUGUCCGCUUUCAUCGAGCGGUGGAGGGUUCAAGAACUACCAAGAGUUUCAGUCUCCUCCAUAG